AUGUGGAGGAAGAGGAGCAAUGGGAUGAUGAGAGUGAUGAUGAAAAUUUUGAGGAGAGUGAGAGUGAUAGUGAAACUGGUUUCAACUCCGACGAUUUCAUUGACGAAGAAAUUGAAGAAGAUGAAGAACAAGAUGUUCUUAAGGAGCAUGCCAUGGGGGACUAUCAAGUUGCAACCAUGGAUGAUAUUCCAAAGCAAGACACACUUCAUGGAGGUCUUCAGAGACUUCUGUAUUCAAGAGGGAUUUGCUGUGAGUGUUGAAAAGGCUGAUACAACCAGAUUCACUGCAAUAUGUCUGGUUGAGUCAUGCAAUUGGAGGAUCCAUGCCUGUGUGUUGUUGGAUGGGGUCAGUUGGGCCAUUAAAACUCUUUUCAGUGAGCACAAGUCUUGUGGGAGACUUGAGGAGAAUCCCAUGGUGACAUCUCAGUGGCUAUGCACCAAACUACUUCCUGACAUUGAAGCAAAUCCAGAAAUCCCAAUUAAGACACUUCAAAGAAAGGCAUUGGGGAUUUAUAGGGUACAAGUGAAACAGAGGUUGAUGUACAAGGUGAGAAGCCUCGGGAGGCAGCAAAUUUAUGGAGGUUUUGAUGAGUCAUAUGCCCUUUUACCAUCCUAUGCUGAAAUGAUCAAAUCUACCAAUCCUGGGAGUUAUGCCUUGGUCACUUGGACUGCAGAUUCUGGUAACGUGACACCCCGUUUCAAGGCUUGCUUUUUCUCCUUUGCUGCACAAGUUAGGGGUUUCUUAAGAGGUUGUAGGCCUAUCAUAGGCAUUGAUGGUGCACAUUUGAGUGGAUACUAUAAGGGAAUUCUCCUCACUGCAGUUGCUAUCGAUGGGAAUAAUGAGAUUUUUCCAUUAGCCUAUAGCAUUGUGAGUACGGAGAGUAUGGACACAUGGUCCUAUUUUUUCAGAAGCUUGAAGGCUUUGUUUGUUCAACAUGGGUGCCAGAGGGAUGACUGGACUUUUAUUAGUGACAGAAUGAGGGGAGUAGAAUCUGCUUUGUAUGAUGUUUUCCCCAAAGCAGUCAGGAGGGUCUGUGCUCAGCAUCUGUAUACCAACUGCAGACAAGCUGGAUACAGUGGCACAGCCUUCCAUGACUUGUUCUGGGUUGCUGCUGAUGCAUACAAUCCAUAUGUCUUCAACAAAGCCAUGGAAAAGAUUGGCAAACUCAUCCCACAAGCAGUGGGAUAUCUUGACAAAGUGCCUGAACAGUGGUCCAGACACAAGUUUGAUGUUGGGGUCACUUGUGAUCACAACACCACCAACUUUGUGGAAUCCUUCAACGCGUGUACCAAACCCUUUAGGGAUCUUCCUGUUUUGUCACUUCUUGAAGAAAUAAGGUCUUGGUGCAUGACGAAGAUCGGGGCCAGAUUUGAUAAAGCUGUUGACAUUGGACCCGAUCAAUUGACGCCAUAUGCUACUAAGGAGCUUGAAGAGAGGAGUGCUGACUCGAGGUUCUGUUAUGCAACUAAUGCUGGGGGGGGUGAAUUUGAGGUUUUAGAUGGUCAUGUGAAGUUCCCUAUUAGGCUUGCUGCUAGAGUUUGUGGUUGUGGGAAAUGGCAAGGGUGUGGUAUACCUUGCAAGCAUGCUAUUAGGGUAAUAUACCAUCAAAGACUCAAUCCUACAGAUUUUGUUUCUCCUUACUUCAAAGGGGCAGCCUAUAAGCUCACAUACUCAGAGCAUAUUCACCCCAUGCCUGACUCAACAUAG